AUGGGUCCAACCGAGAGGCAUACAGAGUCCGCACUUACUUCGCAAGCCUUCGCAAACCAAUCCAGCUCUAAGUGGGGACAGGAGUCAAGGAAGAUUGGAAACACCGCAAAGAUGCCAUCCAAGGCAACACUGGCGUUGGAUCUGAGCACUCUGCACAAGCUGGAGAACGAGCACGUGCUCGACAUCCUCGAACCAAGCGGACUGCCAAGCCGACGCACGGUCCAGGUGAUCAACCGUACGAGCAAAGCGCUCAGCGAGUGGGCAGCACUUUCGGCGUACGACCAAGAGGUGUUUGCACAGCACAAGAAAGCCUUGGCUGAGAAGCAUAAGACGGCAACUGACAAGCAAAGGGCAAUCCUUGAUGAACAGAGGCGAGAGCUGGAGGAGAAGCGGCAGGAAAUUAUUCGAGAGCGCGGACGGGAAGCGCAGCGUAUCGCUCAGGAGUUACAGCAGCAUAAGGAGGUCGAGAAACAGAAAGAAGAGGAGAGGCUGCGUGACUCUACAAGGAAGGAGGCGCAGCGGCACCAGCUGCAGCAAACACAGUUGGAGAACGAGGCACAGCGCGCUGAGGCGCGCCGUCAGAAGCUGAUUGAGGGGGAGAAGGACAAGAAGCUCAUGGAGGAUUACAACGCACUUCUUGAAGCGCAGGACCGAGCGCGUCAGCAAAGGUUGAAAGAGCAACAAAAUAUGAUCAUGAAGCGCAUGCGCAUUGGGGAACUGACGCAGAAGCAGAACGACGAGAAGAUGAAGCAGCUGGACGACCAGAUUGCUGAGCACGAGCGACGCCGCGAGCAGAUGGAGCGCGAGAAGGAGGCGGCGAACCGGCGCAGGCGCCAGAAUGACAAUACGAGAAUCCUGGCGACUCUCCAGCAACAGAAAGAAGAGCUCCGGGAUCGCAUCGACAGGGAGGCCAACGAGAACCGGAGGUUCCAAGAGCAGGCUACCGCUGAAGCCGCACAGGUCUUGGCAGAGCAGGCGCUCAACAGGAUCAAGAAGAGGGAGAAGAGCCUGCAGUACAGGCUAGAGCUGGAGCGCCAGAUCAGGGAUACCGCCGAGCAGCACGCUAAGGACGGAAUCUUCAUGAGCCCAACCGAACGCACGCUCAACUCAAGGCUACUGCACGAUGCUCUUCCGAUCUAUGAGACCAAAUUGCACUCUCCAUAG